AUGAAUAGAGACUACGACUAUAUGUUCAAGGUUGUUCUCAUUGGAGACUCCAAUGUAGGCAAAUCCUGCUUGCUCAUCAGGUUCGCUGACGACUGCUUCACUGAGAACUAUAUCACCACUAUUGGAGUUGACUUCAGGUUCAGGACCAUGACUGUUAAUAAGGACACGGUUAAACUUCAGAUUUGGGAUACUGCCGGACAAGAACGUUACAGGACUAUUACAAAUGCUUAUUAUAGAGGAUCUGACGGGAUCCUGCUCGUUGCUGAUGCCACCAAUAGGAAGUCUCUUGACAACAUCCCAGACUGGCUCUCUGAAAUUGAGAAGUACACUGACGAUGAGGUGUUCAAAAUGCUAAUCGUUAACAAAUCUGACCUGGAAGAAAAGACGGAGAUCUCAGAUGACGACCUUAAAAAGUUCUCAAAGCUGCAUGGAGUUCCCUACAUGUGGACUAGUGCUAAAUCUGGCAUAAAUGUAGAUGAUUCAUUUCUCAAAAUGACCCAAUCCUUAAUUUCUAAGAGAGAAUUAGAUGAGGAAAGUGGGCAUAAAUCCAAAACUGGGAAGAAAGGAACUAAAUCUACACUUGAAGGGUCCAACUUGUUCAGGAACGCUGAGAAAGCAAUGAAUGAAAAAGAGACAAGCUGCUGUAAUAAUUAA